AUGGGAUUCCAGGGAGCGCUCAUCGGAUACCUGCGGAGCUUCCUUCAGCAGAAAAUCAAUUCCUUCCUAGAGGGCCAGACACUGUCCCCUCUUACCGGAGGCCUUCCAGUACCGGGGAUCAGGCAUCCCCCUCGGGGACCAGGGACCCUCACCUCAGAGCUGGGACCCCCGUUUGGCCGCUCUCUAACCUUCUCCGCGGACCCCCAGCCCCGAGCCCUCCGCGGACCCCAGCCGGAUCCUCGGGCCCAGAUCCGACCUCACCGCUGCGGCCGUCGCUUCCUUCCCCUUUUGCGGCCCGACGACGCCACAGGACGGGGGCAGAAGAGCCAGGUCUGCCGCCCGGGCGGACGCCGCGCUCGCUCACCGCCGCCGGGGUUCGGUCUGGCCCGGGUCGGCCCUGGCUCCCGCCGCGCCCUCCGCUCCCAGGCGCCAGGCUCCACUUCCGGUUCCGCGGCGGGGGGCGGGGCCGCAUCCGGGUCCCCUUGCGGCUCCGCCCCCGCCCCCGCCCCGCCCCCGCCCCGCUCCCGCGUCCCGGCCCGCACGACCCUCGGGUUCCGCCCGCAGCCUGCGAAGCGCGAGCCCGGCCCCUGGCGAGCCUGCAGGGCGCGCCGGAAAGUAGCGUCGCGCGCCGAAGAGGGGCGCCGAGAAGCACACAGCCCGCGGCGGGGGCUCAGGAUCCGCGGCGCUUACGGGGGCCGGGAGAAGGAAGCCAGCCCCGGGCGACGCGCGGACCCUGAGCCCGGGGGCGCCGAGCCCCUUCAGCAUGUCUCCGCCUUCCCUCCGCUCAGCCCCAGCGUCGCCCCAUCGCGCGCACCCAGCGGUCCUCGUCCGCCCGCUCACAAUGCACCCCUGCAGAAAGGGCCACAUGGGUGUCAGGGACGCGAGCCCGAGCCGCAGGGACCCAGCAGCCUGGAAGUUCUGUAUUCACAUGGGAACAGGCGGAGGCUUCAGAACCUUGGCACUUGCGGGGUCUUCCUUGGCACAUGAAGAAAGUGGCCGUUUUAUCUAAUAAGGUCCAUUUGCACUGGUGUUCUCUGAAACCCUGUCUGUCUGGGGUUUUAUUCAUGGGAGACAGUAACUAAGUGGCGUGAACAUGAAACAGUUCUCAGCAUUUUUGGUGUGUUGCGCAGACAUCCCUAGAGGCGCUUCUCCUCCGUCCACACCAAUGUCGUGUCGCAGCUCACACCCCUGGGCUGCACCCUGGAUUAGAAACACCUCUUUUUACCAGAAGGGUGACAUGAUUUUCUUUCACCAUGGUCUCCAGCACUGAAAGGAGCCUGGCGGAGCAGCUACUCAGAGUGAGUGCCGAGUCGCUCUGAACGGAGGGGACCCCACCGCUGCAUCUUUUGCCAGGUGAUGCUUUGCAGUCAAGUUGGAAGAUGGAACAGUCCUAGAUGCCAGCCAUAUUUGCAUGCCAAGUGUCAUUUUUUAAAAAAAAAUCUUCACCUUUUUUUCGUAAAGAAGGGGCUUUCACUAUGUUGCCUGGGCUGGCAAACUCCUGGCCUCAAGUGAUCUUCCCAGCUCGGCCUCCCGAAGUGCUGGGAUUACAGGCAUGAGCCACUGCCCCCAGUCCCUUUUUUUCUGGAAGUUUUAAGAUACUUGAGGCAUGCCUUUGUUCAGCCAAAAAGAACUAUUAGAUGGAAAAAAGCAGGAGGCACUACAUUAUGUUUUAAAUCUCAUACUUAACCUCAAUAACUAGGAAAUGUAGAAAACAAGGCUUUCCUUACAUUAAGUGGGUAGAUGAGUGAACACAGGUUCUAAACAGGAGAGCACAGAACACCCCUGACGGCUGCCCGGGACAAAUGAUCCAGGACAUGCUGACCCACGUGACAGCAUGUGCCACUCAGAGGUGUCAGCUCGAAGACAGAAGGAGGAAACGGAGACCAAGGUGGCAUCAGCAGCUUCUGCCGACCCCGGCUCCAGGUGGGGUGGUGUUGGCUCAAUGGCGACACUGUAUGAGGCGGGAAGAGGGGAAGGGCCAGCCACUUGCUGGUGCCUGGCUAUCCUCUUGGGCAUCAGCUUCCAGCCCUGCAGCUUGAGGGGACUGAGCUUACCCACUUCCAUGGGUGGGCCCUGCCACACUGGGCUGGUUCACAACUCAGGACUGGGUGUGAGCUGUUAGGGAAUAGGCUUCCUGAUUUCCAGAGGCCAUCAGUGUGCAAGGGUGCAGCCCUGGGAGCCACCUCAUGAGCCGGCAGGAUGGUGGAAGGGACGUGCAGUCCUGGAUCAAGGGUUGCCUCCAGCCAGCCCUACCCACGGACUCGGUGUGUGAGCCCACACAUCUGCAUUCGACACCAGGCUCCUGUCUCCUGCGCUGAUGCAGGCUUGGGACCUCCAGAGCAGCGGGCGGGAUGACGCCCUCAACCUGCAUUUCCUUCUCCCGGCUGUUUUAUUCUGUCAACUUGACUUCUAUAAUACAAUUUCCACAUGGCGACCCUGCCUUCCAAAGCGACCACUGUCGGUUUCAAUGCACUCACGGCGUAUUCUCAGCAUUCUUCACUGGCAGUGGAAAAUGCUUCAGUACUUUAUUGAAAGAAAGCAAUAAAUAAUACUGUGAUAAAAACA